UUAACCGCGGGAGAGCUUUCCUCUCUUCUGCUAUUUCUGUAAACUCGUGCUGAAGGUUAACUUCCCAUCCUGGCUUCCUCAAACCCCAGAGAUGCUGUCACCUGUCGACUCCCCUGCGAGCAGCUUGGUUUUGCUUUCUUUUUUUCCUUGGGUGAGAGGCACCUUCAAGUUACCAUCCCCAGCCUGGCCCUCAUGCUGCCUUGGCUCCUGCUGUCGAUCUGUGCUCCACUCUGUGAACCUGCUGAGUUGUUUCUACACCCUGUGCUAGAAGUCAGUUCUUCCCAUCCGGUAGAGGGGCAUUCCGUAACCCUGACCUGCAAGACCCAGGUCCUCACACACAGCCCACAUAUCCAGCUCCUGUUCUGCUUCGUCAAGGAUGGCAAGGUCCUUGGGUCAGGCUGCAGCUACUCCCCAAAGCUUCAGAUCCGCCCCAUGUGGAGGAAAGACCCAGAGCCUUACUGGUGCUCGGCAAAAGCAGAAACUCACAAUAUCAAGAAGUGGAGCCGGGCAGUCGACAUACAUGUGCAGAGAGUCCCUGUCUCUGAUGUGAGCUUGGAGACACGGCCCCCAGGGGGAUGGGGGAUGGAGGGAAACACACUGGUCCUCAUUUGUUCCGUUGCUAACGCUACUGGAAACAUAACAUACCUCUGGUACAGAGGAACCCUGGGUUCAAAUCUGGAAACAAAGAUACAGCAUUCACUGACAGCAGAGUUUGAGAUCCUCAAAAUGAAGGAAAGCAGCGCUGGGCAAUACUACUGUGCAGCUGACAAUGGCUACGGUCCUGUUCUCAGUGACCUGGUGAAUGUCACUGUCAGAGUUCCAGUGUCUCGCCCCGUCCUUACCUUUGGGGACUCUGGAACCCAGGCUGUGCUGGGGGACCUGCUGGAGCUUCGCUGUGAGGCCCCGAGAGGCUCUCCUCCAAUCUUCUAUCAGUUUUACCAUGAGAAUGUCAUUCUGGGAAACAGCUCGGCUCCCUCUGGAGGAGGAUCGUCCUUCAACUUAUCCCUGACUGCAGAACGUUCUGGAAACUACUUCUGCGAAGCCAGCAAUGGUCAGGGUGCCCACCGCAGCGAGGUGGUGACUCUCAACCUAACAGGUCUCUCCUCGGUGCCCAUUGAGUCUGGAAGCAGUCGCCUCACCUCAGGAGUUACUGAGUGGCUGGUUGGCUGUCUUGGCCCCCUCACCAUGGCCCUAAUAUUUUGCUACUGGAUGAAGAGAAAAAGAGGAAGACAAUCAGAUGACCCACUCAGGAGCCCUCCCAGGCCUGUGCUCCGAGAAUCCAGCUACCUCAACUCACCUGACCCAAGGCAGUUACAGUCGGUGUAUGAGAACGUGAAUGUUGUAAGUGGCGAUGAAAUUUACUCACUGGUAUACCAUACCCAGCAGCAGCUGGAACCGGCAGCGGCUCAGUACGUGACAACGCACAGGACAAGUGAGGUCUCCCCUGAAAUCUAUUCCAAGCCAAGGAAGAUAAACACUGCAUAUAUGGACUACGAGGACACUAUGUAAAACUAUGUGAACAGCGUCUGUGAAGAGCUGUGAAAAAAACCAAAGGCCUGAUGGGGACUCGGGGGACGCUGGGGAAGGCUGGCUUGCGGUACACCUUCCCCACAUGCUUCCCUUCGCCCACCCAGUGUGAAGUCGGUACAAGUCCUGAAGGAAGCACGCAGGAAAGCCACCUUAGACCCAGAAGCUGCGAGGACUGGCUGAUGGCAUCUGAUCAUUGCCCAUUCGUGCUGGGGCGUGGCAGAUCGCUUGCUCUUGUUUACAAGAGGAAAAUGGUGUGAUGAAGGCAACUGAGGUCUUAGAGCAGAGGGACUUAGAGUGCACAAAACCAACGCCAGUGACGUUGCAGGUCUGCUGUGGAGAGAGAGCUUUGCUUCCUCCAUACACAUAUCCUGUCCCCACCUGAAAUACCUGACUCUGUGUGCUUUGAGUCACUGUCAUCAAUUUAGAAUUAAAGCACAGUUUCAAAAAUUA